AGCAAAUACUUUCAGUACUACUCUUUCCCGCAUUCUGUUGAGGUCUGGGGUUGCAUAACAAUAGGCGUGUCGCUGAGCACUCAAAUCAUUGAAUGUUGCGGCCAUGAAGGAACCUUCAGGCUUACUGAGACUUUCCCUGUCAAUUGGCCUACUAUUUCUGUAUACUUUGGCCGAAUCCAAUGCACCGGUGAUCCAGACCAAACUGGGGGGACUGAGAGGGCAAUAUGUGAGCGUAAAGGGGAAGGAGACGGUGGUUCAGGCCUACCUGGGUGUUCCGUUUGCCAAACCACCUGUCGGCCCCCUGAGACUGGCCCCGCCCCAGCCUGUGGAGGGAUGGGAGGGAGUGAGGGACGCCAUCCAGCAGCCUCUCAUGUGUUUUCAAGACAGACAAAUUACAAAAGACCUUUACUCCAAUGUGUCCAUGACAGUGGAAAUCCCAGAGGUGUCAGAAGAUUGUCUUUAUCUCAACAUUUACACUCCAGUUAAACCUGCUGAGAAAACAAGGCUUCAUGUCAUGGUUUGGAUCCAUGGUGGCGGAUUCGCCAUGGGUUCUGCAUCAGCAUAUGAUGGUUCUGCUUUGGCUGCAUACCAGGAUGUGGUUGUGGUGGUGAUCCAAUACCGUUUGGGAUGGCUGGGGUUCUUCAGCACAGGAGACAAGUAUGCCCCAGGGAACAUGGGACUACUUGACCAGGUGGAAGCCUUGCGGUGGGUCCAGGAGCACAUCAACAAUUUUGGGGGCGACUCCAAGUCGGUCACCAUAUUUGGAGAGUCUGCUGGUGGAGCAAGCGUAUCGUUACUGCUUCUCUCUCCAUUGUCUAUUGGUCUGUUCCAUGGCGCAAUAGCCGAGAGUGGUACCGCAGCAAUGAAAAUGCUCUUCAAUCCCAAUCCCCUGCUUGUGGCACAGACGGUGGCAAACCUGAUUGGCUGUGAAAGCACCAACACAGUGAAGAUAGCAGACUGUGUGAAGAAGUUGCCUGCUGAUCACAUUAUGAACAUUCAGAAACAGAAUCAAAUGCUAUUCUUUGGUGUGACUGCUGACGGGCAGUUCUUGUCCAAAUCGGCGAUGGAGAUUUCUCAAAACCAUGAGAUGCACAAGGUGCCGUUUAUGACUGGAGUCAAUGACAACGAAGUUGGCUGGCUUUUAGCAAAGUUCUUUGCUCCUCCAGGUUGGGAGGAUGGAGUGGACCGGGUGAAGGUCAUGCCCAUGAUGGCCAUGUUCUACCCAGAUCCCAAGGAUCAGUGGAUAACUGAGCUGAUAGCAGAUGAAUACCUGGGAACCUCUGGAAAUCGGGUGAAAAACCGUGAUGGGUUCACUGAGCUGCUUGGGGACAUUAUGUUUACCAUUCCUGCCCUCCAAAUGGCAAACUUCCACAGAGAUGCAGGUGUGCCUAUGUACCUGUAUGAGUUCCAGCAAACUCCCAGCAUGUUUAAGAAGAUGAGGCCGAGUUUCGUUGGGUCUGACCAUGGAGAUGAGCUUAUGUUUGUUUUUGGAUUCUGCUUCACAUCACAUUUUAUAAUGGAUGGUUGUGCAGAGAAAGAUGAACAACUAAGCAGAAUCAUGAUGAGUUACUGGGGUAACUUUGCGCGUACAGGGUCUCCUAAUGGGGCCGGCCUGGUUCAGUGGCCACAGUAUGGACUAGAAGGACAUUACCUUGGGAUAGGGCUGGAGCAGGUACCUGGUCAACACCUGAAGAGGGACCGCUUCACCUUCCUGACACAGACUGUUCCUGAGAAACUACGUUUGGGUCGAGAGAAGAUGGAGCAAAGUGAUCUGCCAAAAACUGGGCCGGUGGUCCAGACCAAACUGGGGGGUCUGAGAGGGCAGUAUGUGAGCGUAAAGGGGAAGGAGACUGUGGUACAGGCCUACCUGGGUGUGCCGUUUGCCAAACCACCUGUUGGCCCACUGAGACUGACCCCACCCCAGCCUGUGGAGGGAUGGGAGAGAGUAAGGGACGCCACCCAGCAGCCUCUCAUGUGUCUUCAAGACAGACAGCGUACAGUAGACUUUGUGUCCAACUGGUCAAUCAAAGUGGAAAUCCCAGCAGUGUCAGAAGAUUGUCUUUACCUCAACAUAUACACCCCGGCUAAACCUGCUGAGAAUACCAAGCUUCCUGUCAUGGUUUGGAUCCAUGGUGGCGGAUUCACCAUGGGUUCUGCAUCAACAUAUGAUGGUUCUGCUUUGGCUGCAUACCAGGAUGUGGUUGUGGUGGUGAUCCAAUACCGUUUGGGACUGCUGGGGUUCUUCAGCACAGGAGACAAGUAUGCCCCAGGGAACAUGGGACUACUUGACCAGGUGGAAGCCUUGCGGUGGGUCCAGGAGCACAUCCACAACUUUGGGGGCGACUCCAAGUCGGUCACCAUAUUUGGAGAGUCUGCUGGUGGAGUGAGUGUAUCAUUACUGCUUCAUUCACCGUUGUCUGCUGGUCUGUUCCAUCGUGCGAUAGCUGAGAGUGGUACUGCAGCUAUGGACGCUAUCAUAAAUUCCGACCCCCUGUCUGUGGCCCAGAUGGUGGCAACCACAUUGGGCUGUAACAGCAGCAACACAGAGCAGAUUGCAGACUGUGUGGAGAAGUUGACUGCUGAUGACAUAGUUAAUGUUCAUAAACAGAACAAAAUGUUGCGAAUAGGUGUGACUGUUGGUGGGCAUUUCCUGCCCAAGUUGUUGACUGAGACUUUCCAUAACCACGAGAUGCACAAGGUGCCGUUUCUGACGGGCACCAAUACUGAUGAAGGUUGGCUACUGGCGAACAUGAUGGCACCUCCUGGUUGGGUGGAUGGAAUAGACCGGGAGCAGGUCAUGCCUCUUUUGGCAUUAUGUUACCCUGAUCCUAAGGAUCAGUGGAUAACUGAGCUGAUAGCAGAUGAAUACCUGGGAACCUCUGGAGAUCGGAUUAAAAACCGUGAUGGGUUCAUUGAGCUGGUUGGGGAUGCUUUGUUUACCAUUCCUGCUCUUAAAACAGCAGGCUUCCACAGAGAUGCAGGUGUGCCUAUGUACCUGUAUGAGUUCCAGCAAACUCCCAGCAUGCUUAAGAAGAUGAGGCCGAGUUUCGUUGGGUCUGACCAUGGAGAUGAGCUUAUGUUUGUUUUUGGAUACUGCUUCACAACAUCACAUGUUACAGUUGAUGCCUUAUGUACAGAGGAAGAUGAACAGCUAAGCGGAAUCAUGAUGAGUUACUGGGGCAACUUUGCUCGUACAGGGUCUCCCAACGGGGUCGGCCUGGUUCAGUGGCCACAGUACGGACCAGAAGGAGAUUACCUGGGGAUAGGGCUGGAGCAGGUACCUGGUCAACACCUGAAGAGGGACCGCUUCACCUUCAUGACAAAGAUCCUCCCUGAGAAAGUGCAUUUGGUUCAAGAGAAGAUUAAGCACAGCGAGCUGUAAGGCUCAUCAUCUCAAAAGUUUUUUUUAUUUAUCAACUCAGACUGUUAACUGAAAUCAAACUUCAAAUGUACAGUAUUAUUGCUAACAAUUUAAAUCUGCAGGCAUUGCAUGAUCAUGAGCACAGUGUACAUGACCUAGAGCACAAUUUAACAAUAAUUUGGAUGCACUGAAUGUACUGUAUGAAUAGAAUCUCAGAUAAAAUUUUAAGGAAACAUUAUUCUACAGUGAGAUACCCCAUUGAUUCUUACUAAUCCAAGUUGAUUUUAUAGCAUUACAUGGAGAAUUUCCAAAUUGUACUGUUCAUUGAAUAAAACCGACUGUUCAUUUUCCAA